AUGGAUCGGCGAUCCAUUUUCACGAUCCAAUAUUUAUACAUUGGUGAUGAGAAGAUCAAGGAACUGAUGCAAAACUUGGAAAUGCGUAAAGUUGAAGCAAUUCAAUUUACAUUCCGACAAGUGGCAAAUAAUUUUACAAAAGUAUUCAAGAAGCUUGUUCCUCAUGGUUCGGGACAUUUAGUGUUGAGAACAUCAAAAGAUCACAAUGGUGAUAAUGGAGAAGGUGAAGUUUCAACGUCUGAUGACUUUACGGGAAUCGGGAUCAGAGUUUCUUUCACUGGCGGUGAUGCUGAAAUGCGUGAAAUGAAUCAAUUGAGUGGUGGUCAGAAGUCACUUGUGGCUUUAGCACUCAUUUUCGCUAUUCAAAAAUGCGAUCCAGCUCCGUUCUAUUUGUUUGACGAAAUCGAUCAGGCACUUGAUGCACAGCAUCGUUAAGCUGUUGCUGAUAUGAUUCAUGAACUCUCAGACAAUGCACAAUUUAUUACGACAACUUUCCGGCCUGAACUCUUGGAGAAUGCACACAAAUUUUAUGGCGUUCGUUUCCGAAACAAAGUCAGUCAUGUUGAUUGCGUAACUCGAGAAGUUGCAAGGGAUUUUGUUGAAGAUGACACUACACAUGGUUAAAUGCCACUUCAAUAAUUGAAUCGUAAUCAAAUCUAAUUGACUAAAUUAAAAAUUUUCAUCGAUGUUUAACAAAUAAAUUUGUGUACAUGAAAUAAGAUUUAAUAGAUUUAAUAAAACUAUAAGUAACAACACAA